AUGACAUCUUUCCAAUUGGACGAUGCCGUCCACGUCUCACGCGAGUCGCGUCAACUGGAAGGUGUCGUCGCCUACCUCGGUCCCGUCGACUUUGGCGACGGCGACGAUUGGGUCGGUGUCCGUUUGACGGGAGCGGCCGUCGGUCUCGGCAAGAACGACGGAACCGUCCAGGGUCGAUCCUACUUUGUCUGUCCGCCGCAGUGCGGUGUCUUUGUCCGACACGCAGCACUCACCAAGCGCCCCUUGUCGGCAUUGGAGCGAUUGCGUCUCAAGCGCGAACUCGCCGGUGUCGCCAAACCCCCCGCUCCGCAUCCAUCGACCCCGCCCCUCCGUCGGACCCCCACGCGUCGUUCCGCUACCGCUCCAACGACUAGCCCUACUAGCACGAGCACUACCGGCAGUCCUACCGCAAACAACGACUCGGUACCGUCUCCGCGGGCGUCCGCGCUUCCACGUCGCGACCGGACUCCGACUACCGCUGCAUCGACCCGGAGCAAAUUGGAAGAAUUGCGACAGCGGCGUGCCGCUCUGCAGGAAAAGAAGAACGAGGACGCCACUCCCGCCGCGAUGACCAGUUCCACCACCGGACCGAUGGAUAGGUCUAUUGCGUCGGACGCCGGGACGGCGCAAAUUGCUCAGAUUCAGGCUCAAUUGGAUCAAAAGACGACGGAAGCUACGCGGUUGCAACAAACAAUCGAUGCAAUGCGAAACCAAGCGCAAGCAUCGCAAGUCAAAAUUGAGCAACUGGAAAUCGCCGUGGCCAACGCCAACGCGGCAGCGGCCGAAGCGACCGCCUCCGCUCCACAGACCGACACCAAUACUAACCCCGUCGUUCGAGAAGUGGUAACUCCCGCCGUACAGGAGCAAAUUCUGCAUUUACAGCGCGACAAGGAUACUUUACAGGAUCAGGUAGACAACGCAUUGCGGGAACUCUCUAAUAUUCGGACGGACUUGGAUCGGGAAAAGUCCGCCCACGCCACCGCGGUGGAUCAGUUGACGGCAGUCCGGUCCCAAGCCACGGCGCUGGAACACACACUACAGACUCAAUCGGCACAAACCACACAGCGUAAUACAUCCGAUGCCACACAUUUUAAGGAACGCGCCAAACUGCAAACGGAAGUGAGUGGCUGGAAACGGAAAGUGGCCCAACUCGAAUUGGAAAAACAGGAAUUAGACAAUACGAUUGAAGACUUGACGCUGGAUAAGGAAGGAUUGUUGGAAGAAAAGGAAGCCUUGCAGGACAAGUUGGAAGAAUACAGGUUGGAUACGGAAACAGCCCAAAUGGAAGUCGAAGAACUCAAGAUGGAAUUGGAAGAUGCCCAGACGGCCACUGAACGAGCCGUGCAAGGUGACAGUAUCCCCGUCGCAACUGCCGAGACCUCUGCGGAAGCUGACGCCAACGAGCAAGCCGAACGCAAGGCGCACGCUCUGGCAACACAAAAUGCUCGUCUUCGGGAGGCCUUGAUCCGUUUACGCGAACAGACAACCAUGGAAAAGAUGGAAAUUACCAAAACCCUCCGCGCGGCGGAAAAGCAAGCACUCGAAGGAAAAUCUUUGAUGGAAGAAAUCGAAGCUUUGCGCGCGACCAAGUCAAAGAACGAUGAGGAAAUUAAUGACUUGAAAGACAUGGUAGAAGAAGGAGCCGCCUUUGAAAGCAUGGUGGAAGAUUUGAGCGACCGUAUUUUGGCGCUGGAAGAAGACAACAUUGCCAUGCAGGGAACGAUCCGGGAGCUGGAAGAAGCGUCGGAAUUGACGGCUGAGAUGGAAGAAGUACAGAACGACGAGCUUAAAGCCCUAUACCGCGAUUUGGAAGGCCGCGACACCAUUAUUCGCAACUUGGAGGAAGCCAUCAAAAUGCAGCGACGUCGAGAAGAAGAUUCUCGACGAUCGGUUGCAAACUAUCGUACGACUGUGGAUACCCUCAAACAGGAAAAACAGGCGCUGCUAGAACUGCAGCAGGGUGGAGAAGGCGAGAAGAGCGAUUUAAUGGUUUCGUCCCAAAGGGCAUUGUCUCGUGCAGCGCAGUUGGUUUCGGAUGCCGCAGAGAUGCGCAAACGCGAGGCGCAGGCCGUUUUUGAAAAGAUUGAUCGACAGCUGUAUUUUAAUCUAUCAAGUCGUUUGGAGUCAUUACUGCCUCCGUCUGUCGUCGCACCCGAACUAUCGGCUAUGAAAGGCGAGCUGCUAACAUCUAAGGUUAUUGGCAAGGGAUCCCGGACGCUUGAAGGAAUUGACGCUUCUUUUAGGAAGGUAAUCAAACCUGCAUUGGGAGAAUUAGAUGAAGUGCGCGCUGGUUACGUUCCUGGCAUGUUGCAGUUGUCCGAUGAGGUGAAGCAAGACGUGGCUACGAUGAUCCACCAGACUGAUUUCGCUCACUCGAUUGUGAACGCUUCAUCCUAUUUGUUGCGUCUACUAGCCGCUGGCCAAUGGCCAGACUUGCUGUCGCAGAACGCAUCGGUAGAGCUUGGUUCUGUUCUAGGAAAUUGCGUCGCUGACCUUGACAAUUCACUUGGAGUUGUCUUGAAAACCCUCAAAGAAGAAGGCACCCUGGCGCCGGACCAGUCAGAUGUAGCCGGCUUCCGCCAGUCUGCGGAUAUGGUAAUACAAAGCAUCCAGACCGAGAUGGAUCGAGAAGAUACCCCACUCGUUCCGGUUGGCUGGAUGCCGCCGGCAUGGAAGCUUUUGACAGAAGCGACCACCGCCAAAUACUCGUGCAUUGGGGCUGCCGCAGCUUUAUCAACCGUCGUCAACCAGAGUGAUACAAUUGUGCUUCCUCAGGCACUCGCUUCACUGUACAAUAAACUCGAACAAGUCUCAAUCCAAGCGCGAAGCGUUUGCCUUCGCCUUGCGAAUGUCGAUGUGACCAAUACGGAAGUGGUGACGGAUUUAUCUGCUUCCAUGUCCCACUGGGUCGAGUCAUCGGACAAAAUUAUCAAAGAAGUUCAGAGCUUGAUUACUUCAGAGGGCAGCCACUUAGAAGAAUGCCAGGCUGCUUGCGACAGUACUCUAGGUCAUUUGACUAAAAUUUCAUCAUCCCUUCGGUCGGCCAAUCUUAACCCAAACGACGACGAAAGUUUCCAUGCAUUGUCACCAGAGGUGGAGGACUCUUGGUUCCGUCUCACGACGCUUAUCCGAUCUGUUCGAAGUAAAGACGGAGACGAUGAAGAUGUGAACUUCUUGCUGCGUACACGCGCCAUCGAAACUCAGUUCGACGAAGCUGUGGCAGAUGUUCCCAAACUCUCCCUCGCUAGCGCGAAAGCUGCGAACUUGGAAAAGAGUAUUUCCGUAAGAUCCAAGGAGGUUGCAAUGCUCAACGCCCGCUUAUCGGAAUUGGAAAGACUUUUAGCAAAGUCGAAUGUCAGCCCGUCAAAAGCGAAAACAGCUGACCUAAACUCUGUAGAUGAGUACAGUAGCAUGAAAGAAGAAAACAGAGUGUUAAUGGAAGCGAUGGACGUUUUACAGCGUCAGGUCGACGAAUAUGAGAAUGAAAUACGUGCUCUGAAAGAUUUCAAAUCACCAAAGAGGGGAGCUGUGAAUAACAGAACACCACGACGGUCUUUAACAUCAGUAAAUGACAUGAGUUCUUCUCAACGUAACCUUGGAGAUGAUAGCCAAGGCAGUGCGUAUGUGCUAGAGGCCGCUCUUUUUAGACCCGCUUUGCAACAAGCCAUUCGUGAAGCCGCGCGCUGGAAGACGUCAUCAACUUUGACAAUGCUUUCAAGCCUGCCGCCUCUGCCAGCGCUUUCAUCGAAUCAGUUUCAAACAAAUCUGAGCAGUUCUCGGUUUCAAGAAUUGAAUGAGAUUUCCCAUUUGUCUUUGGCUCUCUCCGCUUUCCGUCUCGAAAAGGCAUCGGUUUCGCUUGUGGACUUGACGAAACAAGGAGUGCCCCCACGAAUGCAACUACGAAAUCUGAACGCACGGAAGGCUGCCGCAUCGGAGCGAUUAGAAACGAUCAUACUUCGCUGUCGCGGUCAGUUGUGUACGUAAAGAAAGAAAGAACAACCGUGAAACAUCUCACAGAUGGCAACACCAGUUAAAUUAAGUCGUCUAGCUAGUAGCCUA